UGUGUGUGUGUGCUUCCACAGCGUGCCUCGGAGCCGGUGCCUGCGGUGCAGUCGGUGGCGUAACGUUUGCUUUGUCUCACCCCUGCAGGGCCGCGGCUCGGGCUUCCCAGGCAGGAGGAGGCCCAGGGGGGCGGGGCUGUCGGGUAGAGGGGGGCGUGGUAGGGCCAGGGGCAAGAGCGGCGCUAGUCCCUCCAUCCACCCCGGGCUCACAGCAAUGGAGUCGCAGUACCCCGUCAAGGAGGAAGAGGAGAACGCCAUGCACAACACCGUCGUCAUUUUCUCGAGCAACGACAGUUUCACAUUAAAACAGGACAUGUGCGUUGUGUGUGGGAGCUUCGGGCUGGGCGCGGAGGGCCGCCUGCUGGCCUGUGCGCAGUGCGGCCAGUGUUACCAUCCCUUCUGCGUUGGCAUCAAGAUCACCAAGGUGGUGUUGAGCAAAGGCUGGCGUUGUCUGGAGUGCAGCGUGUGCGAGGCGUGCGGCCAGGCGACGGACCCCGGCCGCCUGUUGCUCUGUGACGACUGCGACAUCAGCUACCACACGUACUGCCUGGACCCCCCGCUGCAGAACGUGCCCAAGGACAGCUGGAAGUGCAAGUGGUGCGUGUCGUGCACCCAGUGUGGCGCCACGUCUCCCGGCCUGCGCUGUGAAUGGCAGAAUAAUUACACGCGGUGUGCCCCGUGCGCCAGCCUGACCGCGUGCCCCAUCUGCCUGCUGGACUACAGCGAGGGAGCCAUCAUAGUGCAGUGCCGCCAGUGCGACAGAUGGCUCCAUGCCUCUUGUCAGGGUCUCCACUCGGAGGAGGAUGUGGAGAAAGCCGCCGAUAGCAGUUUUGACUGCACAAUGUGCCGAGCUUUCAAGACCACAAAGGCAGUGGCAGGCAAGGCCAGAGACUGCAUUGAGCCGCCAGUUAUGACGCAGAUUGUGACAAAGGCAAAAGAACUGGACCUGGCGAGGACCUACACCCAGGACGGUGUGUGUCUGACGGAGUCGGGGCUGUGCCAGCUGCAGAGUCUGUCGGCCGCCGCGUCCCGCCGCCGGAAGCCCAAGCCAAAGCUCAAGCUGAAGAUCAUCAACCAGAACAGCGUGGCGGUGCUGCAGACCCCCGUGGACCCCCUGUCGGAGCUCUCCCGUGACGAAGACAUAGAAGACACCCGAGAGGCGGAGCUCCUCGACUGCGAGGCCAAGUCUGACUCCAGCCUGGAGCGCGAGCCCAUGGAGGAGGACUCCAAGGGGGCGGACAGCAGCAAGAAGAGGAAGAGGAAGCCGUACCGGCCGGGCAUCGGGGGCUUCAUGGUGCGUCAGAGGAGCCGACCGGGACAGGGCCCGGGCAAGACCAAGCGCUCGCUGUGCCGGAAGGACUCCUCCGGCUCUGUGUCGGAGCUCCAGCCUGUGAAGGAUGAGGCGGGCUGGACGGAGGCCCUGCCGGACACGCCCGUGGACGAGACCCCUCCAGGCCCAGAGGUCCCGGAGAAGAUCAAGAAGCGCUACCGGAAGAAGAAGACCAAGCUGGAGGAGGCCUUCCCCGCAUACCUGCAGGAGGCCUUCUUUGGCAAGGACCUGCUGGACAAGAGCAAGCAGAGCAGGCAGCAGGCCGCGGGCCCCACGGGCCUGCUGGAGGACGGGCAGGGCCAGGCCGACGGCAAGCCCCCCCGCGGGGCCAACAGCAGCAGCUUCCUAGACCCCUCGUCCGACCCCCUGCUGAGUGCCUCGGCAGCACCCCUGACCUCCAGGCCGCCGGGAGCACAGACCCGUGAGGAACCCUUAGUUGAUCUGUGUGAGGUGUUGAACACCGACGCAGACAUCUUGGGGAUGCUGGGGAGACCAAGCAUUGACUCGGGUCUUGAUUUUUGCCCCUUCCAGGUGGAAGGCUCCCCUCCUCCUUUUGCUGGUCUGGACAUCAGGCCCUUGUCCAACAGCAGCCCGGUGGCCCCCCACAUCCACUCUGGCCGCCGGACGCCCCGAGCCCUCCAAGACGAGCCCCUGGACGGCAUCCUGAGUCCGGAGCUUGACAAGAUGGAUGAGUCGAUUCUCAGCAAACUGUACAAAAUUCCAGAGCUGGAGGGGAAGGAUGUAGAGGACCUCUUCACUGCAGUCCUCAGCCCCACCAGCAGCCAACCAACACCACAGAUGCCUCACCCCCCGGGCCAUGGGCCCCUCCCCGCCACGCCAGGCCCCAGUGCACCUCACCCCAACGCAGGGAAUCCCAUGUUUGUACGAAUGCCCAUGAUGAAUGGUAUGAUGGGACCAAGCCAAAGGUUUCCUACAAAUCCAGGAGGCCCCUGCAUUCCCGACAACUUCUCCCCCCUCCACCGUAUGCCUUUCACUGACAAUCCAAGAGAUAGAAAGUUCAAUCAGAUGCCUCGAGAGGCGGGUCCAUGGGGCUCUCCAGCCCAGAGCCAGGGCCCCACUCCGCCAGGAUCCCUUCACGAGGGGGAGUCUGAAGCCAUGUCCAAUGCCCAAAGGAGCACACUGAAGUGGGAGAAGGAGGAGACCCUUGGGGAGCUGGCCACAGUGGCACCCGUUCUCUAUACCAAUGUCAAUUUCCCCAAUCUCAAGGAAGAGUUCCCAGACUGGUCGACAAGAGUCAAGCAAAUAGCAAAACUGUGGAGGAAAGCUAGUUCGCAGGACAGGGCUCCCUAUGUGCAAAAGGCGAGAGACAACCGAGCAGCCCUGCGCAUCAACAAGGUGCAGAUGUCCAAUGACACGGUGAAGAGGCACCCGCCACAGCCGCAGACCCCCGAGGUGUUUGACCCCAACUUACCACUAGACACAGAACUGCUCUUUAAAGACCCUUUGAAACCCAAAGAGUCAGAGCAUGAGCAAGAGUGGAAGUUUAGACAGCAAAUGAGGCAGAAGAGCAAACAGCAAGCCAAGAUCGAAGCCACCCAGAAACUGGAGCAAGUGAAGAACGAGCAGCUCCAGCAGCAGCAACAGCAGCAGUCGGGCAGCCAGUCCGAGGGCGACGGCAACAACAGCGGCAACCAGAGCCCUGCCUCGCAGCCCAGCAACGGCAGCAUGUCCCCCAUGCAGCCGCUCAACUCUAAAGACGGAUUUGCCCGGCCCCAGCUCCCGGGGACCCCGACCUCGGGGACCCCCGAGGACGUCUUCCUGCGGCCCCCACCACCGCCUCCGUCAGGGCCGUCCUCGCAGCCCCAGUCACCGCAGGUGUUCUCGCCGGGCUCCUCCGGCUCCAGACCCUCCUCCCCCUGGGACCCGUACGCCAAGAUGGUGGGUACGCCCAGGCCGCCCAACCUGGGGACUAACGCCUGCCGCCGGAUCCCCAUGGAGUCCGGGAAGUCGCCGACCUCUCACAUGGAGCCGCAGGACCGAGGGAGACCCUCCCCCGCUCAUGAGGCCUUUGGCUCGCCCACGUCUGUGAACCAUGACCCCUACGCCAAGCCCCCGGACACCCCCAGGCCAGCGGGGGACAUGGACCCGUUCCUGAAGCCCAUGGGACCUCCCAGGCCCAGCCAGAUGGCCCAGGGGAGACCGCCCAUGGGCUCUCCAGGUAGAGAUCCUUACUCCAGGCCCAUGAUCCGGAACGAGGCCUAUCAGCGCAUGGCCCAAAACAGAAUGAUCCUGUCCGACCCUUACUCGCGGCCCCUGCUGGCGCCCAUGCCCGGCAGCAACGAAUCCGGCUCAGGCGGGCUGUUCAAAGCCCCCAUGCCUCCCCCUCAGGCUCAGGACCCCUUUAACCGACCAGGCCUACACCCCGUGGACAGAUUUGCUCCGAGUCAGCAGAACGAUCCCUAUGCCCAGCCUCCGCACACCCCCAGACCUUCUGGCGGGGAUCAGUCCUUCACCAGCCCUCCUAGAAUGGGCCAGCACCACAUGCAGGGCCAUCCGUUUGCGCAGCCCGGACCAAUGGCGCACAUGUCCCGAAACCCUUACGCCCACGCACCUUCGACGCCCCGGCCCGACCACUACACGUACGACCCCUUCGCUCAGUCGCCCGGUCCCAACAAACCAGCCGGGGACCCUUACUCGCAACCCCCGGGCACGCCUCGACCCAGCAUGGACGGAAUCGGCCAGUCUCGGCCCUUCUUCGAAGGGUUUGCACGGCCGCCCGGCACGCCGCGCCCGCACGACAACUACGGCCAGUCGGGCACCAUGGCCAGCCCGUCCUCUGACCCGUACUCUCCGGUCACCUCCCGCUCGGCCGGGAUGAACCAGUUCGUCCAUCAGUCUCACCCGUCGCAGAAGAUGUCUCCUUCUCACGCCAUGGACCCCUAUGCCCAGGCACCGAGCACUCCGCGACCCAGCAUGGGCGAGAGGUUCCCCAAAUCCCCCGGUGGCCAGAGAUUGCCCAUGGACAUGUACCCUACCAACCCCGGGCAGCAAAGGCCAGGGGUCGGCGAAAUGUUUCCCCAACCCGGGGUGCAGAGGACUAUGAUGAACGACAUCUACGCCCAACCGCCCGGGACCCCGCGCUCCCUCCUGGGUCCCGAUGGGAUGAACCGGCCGCGGCAGGGGCCGAUGGGAAACCACCAGGACCCCUUCUCCCCACCUCAAGGCAGGAUGCAGGAGUCCUUCCAGCAUCCGGGCUCCCAAACACCGAAACAUCCCAGCCUUCAAGAAGACUGCUUUUCCCAGGCGCCGUCGCAAAGACCCAAUCAGACCCCUGUCCACGACCCAUUCCAACAGGGCCCAAUGACUCCUAGACCGCUGCCGACAGAGAGAAUGGAGAUGAAGGAUCAGGCUAUCACUGGAAACGGUGGACCCGGAGCCCAGGAGGCGGGCCACAUGCACCCCCAUCUGCAGAUGCAAGGCUCUGAGGUUCAGAGUGUUCCUCUGGCUGACAGCGAGGAACGGCUUAGACAGCGGCAGCGCAUUCGAGAACUGCUGCUCAAACAGCAGCAGCAGAGGAGUAUCAUUCGGCAAGAGCGAGGCCCCCACGACUCCACCGGCGGCAUGCCCCCCGGAGCGCCGCGACCGUGGCCACAGGAGGGUCUCGGGCAGCCGGGCGAGAUGUUCAACAGACCCCCUCCACCCUAUCCAGGACAGGGGCCGAUGAGAGGACCGAUGAGAUACCCAGGGCCUUUCCCAGGAGAUCACCGUGGCCCUUUCCCUAAUGAGGGCCAGAUGGCCAGGGGCAUGCAUCCCGGGGAUCCUAAUAUGAGACACCAAGGGCCAAGGUUUGCAUUUCCACAAGGUGGGCCUGGGUCACACGGAGGUCAAGAAUUCUUCCCCAGAGGUCCUCAUCAAAUGCAGGACAUCCCACCUCAGAUGAGAAGAUCCAUGUCGGGGGACAUGGCCAAGGCCAUGGGCGGUCCUAUGGGCAUGCCCCAGCACUUUCCUCCUCGCGGGAUGCCGGUGCAGCAGCACAACAUAAUGGGCCAGCCUUUCAUUGAGCUGCGCCACAGAGCUGCAGAGAGCCGCCUCCGCAUGCCACCCUUUGCCCCCGGUGCCAUGCCAGGGGGCAACAUGGACCUAAACAUGCAGGUGCAGCGGCCAACCGGCUUCCCUGGGGGCCCAGAGUUCAGGUUCCCCUCCAACCAGGGUCCCAGGAUGAUGGAUCCCAUGGGCGGUCAGGGGGGCCAUGUCCAGCUGUCCUCCAGCAUGGAGAAUCUGAACCACCAGCAACACAUGCAAGGGAACAACAUGCCCAGGCAGGCCACGUUGAUGAGGUCAAUGAGCCAGCCGGCUUCCAAUGACUCCCACAAUAUGGCGGCAGCAAUGAUGAUGGUUUCGCCCCCUCCUGGCCACAACGAAAGUGUUACUCCCAGUGACGCUGCAGAGGAGAAACUAGACUCGGAGGAAUCGGCCGUUAAGGACUUUGAGGACGUGGAGGUGAAAGACCUGGUCGAUGCCGAUCUGGAGAAUCUCAAUUUAGAUCCGGAAGACGGUAAAGACCUAGACUUGGAGACCAACGACCUCCACCUCGAGGACUUGUUCAGCUCUGGCAAAUUUGACAUCAUCGCCUACACGGACCCGGAUCUCGACGACAUCAAAAAGGACAUGUUCAACGAGGAGCUGGAUCUCAGUGACCCCAUGGAGGACAACAUGGACACCGCCGAUGUCCAGAGGUCUUCUUCUGAGACGAAGAACAACAACAACAGCAGCUGCAGUGGUGCAGAGACAUCGUCGACUUCAACAUCGGUCACCACAAAGUCUGAGCCCUCCUCGGGGCUGAUGCGAUCUGACGUGAAACAGGAGGCUGAAGGGAAUCUGGGCUCCACCUCUUUGGCCGUCGCUCAUGAAAUCAAAACGGAGGGGAAGGACGGGCAGAAGUCCGCGGAGACCAACGACCAGCAAACCAACGGCGAAGCAAUGACUCCCAACCAGCAGGGGGUGCUGUCCGACUCCAGCCCGGUGUUGUCCAGUCUGCUCAUAAAGCAACAGCCCGCGGAGCAGUCGUUAAACCAAAUGGCCGACUCCGUCAACCAAGGGGGCAACCUCAUGCCCCAGCCCAACCAAGUCACCGACGGCAAUCAGCACAGCGCCGGCCUCGACAUGGGCCAAACGCUGUCCGACGCCACGGCGGCCGAAGCCUCCAUGGGCGGGUUCGGGAACGACCCUCAGACGGGCAUGGGUCCGGGGCUGGAGCAGAGCACCCUGAGCCAGGCUCAGCAGGUCAUGCUGAACCAGGCCCUGGCCCAGCAGUCGGGCCAGCAGUCGAGACCCCUGCUGCUUGAAGAGCAGCCCCUCCUCCUGCAGGACCUUCUGGACCAGGAGAGGCAGGAGCAACAGCAGCAGAGGCAGAUGCAGGCCAUGAUACGACAGCGCUCCAGUGACUCCUUCUUCCCCAACAUUGGCUCAACCGUCGACGUCUUUGCUGAUUUCGAUGCCAUCACAGACCCCAUCAUGAAGGCUAAAAUGGUGGCCCUGAAAGGCAUCAACAAAGUCAUGGUUCAGAACAACAUGGGAAUGAGUCCAAUCGUCAUGAACAGGUUUCCCCCUGGAGCGGUACCACACUGUCAAGAAGCCGCCCCCAUCCCACCACAGGUGGUCGGACAGGAUGGAAAACUGACCCAGGUAGCCAGGCCGAACCCUCCAAACUUCGGACCGGGCUUCGUCAACACAGCUCAGAGGGCCCAGUACGAGGAGUGGCUGCAGGAGACCCAGCAGCUGCUCCAGAUGCAGCAGAAGUUCCUGGAGGAGAAGAUAGGAGCGCACCGGAAGUCCAAGAAGGCGCUGUCGGCCAAGCAGAGGACCGCGAAGAAGGCAGGCCGGGACUUUCCGGAGGAGGACACAGAGCAGCUGAAACAUGUCACAGAGCAACAAGGGGUGGUGCAGAAACAACUGGAGCAGAUCCGCAAGCAGCAGAAGGAGCACGCCGAGCUCAUCGAGGAGUACCGGGUCAAACAGCAGCAGAACAACAUGCCCCCGACCAUGGGGCCGGGCCCGCUGGGGCCCAUGCAGGGGCCCAUGCAGGGGCCCAUGCAGGGGCCCAUGCAGGGGCCCAUGCAGGGGCCCAUGCAGGGGCCCAUGCAGGGGCCCAUGCAGGGGCCCAUGCAGGGGCCGGCCGGCAUGGUGCCCGGUGGGCCGACCAUGGUCCCGCCCACCAUGAACCCCAUGAUGCCCAUGCAGCUCCACCCGGGCCAGCCCAACGCCCCUCCCCGCAUGCCCGGGGGACCGCCCCCCGGCUGGCACCCCGGGGCCCCCAUGGCCGGCCCCGGUAUGCCGCCCAUGAUGCCUCCCCAGGUGCCCAUGGGCAACCAAGGCCAGCCUCAUCCCAUGCCGAUGGUCAACAUGCCGCAGCGGCCUCCUCAGAUGCCCCAGCAGAUGCCCCAGCAGAUGCCCCAGCAGAUGCCCCAGCAGAUGCCCCAGCAGAUGCCCCAGCAGAUGCCCCAGCAGAUGCCCCAGCAGAUGCCCCAGCAGAUGCCCCAGCAGAUGCCCCAGCAGAUGCCCCAGCAGAUGCCGCAGCAGAUGCCGCAGCAGAUGCCGCAGCAGAUGCCCCAGGAAGCCCAACCCCCACCAUCCCCGCAGGCGAAGCCAGCUCCUUCCAGCGGGCUCAAGUUUGACGACAACAAUCCGUUCAGCGAGGGCUUCCAGGAGCGGGAGAGGAGGGAGCGCCUCCGGGAGCAGCAGGAGCGCCAGCGGGUGCAGCUCAUGCAGGAGGUGGAGCGGCAGAGAGCCCUGAAGCAGCGCAUGGAGAUGGAGCAGCAAGGCAUGAUGGGACCCGAGGGCAACAUGGCACCGCUCUCGCAGAUGCCCUUCUUCAACGCGGAGCUGCCGCAGGACUUCAUGCAGGCGCAGAGGCCCCCGCACCCGCAGCAAAUGGGCCCCAUGUUCCCCCAGCAGCAGCCCAUGCAGCCCGGCAUGGGCUCCCCGCCGGGGGGGUUCAUGCAGGGCGAUAGGCGGGGCAUGAUGGCUAACGGCUUGAUGCCACAGGACCACAUGGGACCCGGCUUCGGGCCCGACAACAUGGGGGGGAACUUCCACCAGGGUCCGCCCCGACCGCGCCGCUUCAGCGGCCCCGGGAUGAUGCCCCAGAUGCAAGGCGAGGGUCCCCCGUUUGGCGGGGACAUGUCCACGCCCCUGCCCUCCAACUACCCCGGCUCGGGCCAGUCUUUGAUCCAGCUCUACUCCAACAUCAUCCCAGACGAAAAGGGCAAGAAGAAGAGGAACCGCAAGAAGAAGAAGGACGAGGACGCCGACUCGGUCAAGACGCCCUCCACGCCGCACUCGGACCUCACGGCCCCGCUCACCCCCUGCGUCUCGGACACCUCCUCCACGCCAACCAGGAGCACCCACCCGUUCGGGGACCAGGACCUCUCCCGGUCGCCCCUGAUGGGCUCGGCCACGCCCAGCCACUCGGAGCUGGAGAGGCAGCUCUCCGGGGGCGCGGCGGGCCAGCAGGCGCUCCACGCCGAGGCAGCCCGGGCCCAGGCCCAGGCCCAGGCCCAGGAGCAGGAGAGGAUCCUCAGCAACAUCAAGCUGGAGCAGACGGAGGCCAGCGAGUGGCACGGCCAGCCAGGCUCCGGGAUGGGCUCGGUGAAGGAGGAGGGGAGCAAAGGCGGUGUGUCGCCCUUCGCCGCCGCACUGAGCCCCGCCAACAACAAGGGCGAGGCGGGCAACGAGCUGCUGAAGCACCUCCUGAAGAACAAGAACACGCCACCGCCGCCGCCGGGCCUGCCCCACCAGCGCUCCGAGGAGAGCCUGCGCUCGGAGGAGGAAGAGCCCGCAGACUGCAAGGCUCUGCUGCUCAGGCAGAGCUCUAUAGACAGCAACGGGGCGUACUCCGAUGGCCUCCCCGACUUCCCUGGACCCCUGCACACGGAGCAGGAGAAGAAGAAGGAGAAGAAGAAGAGGACGCCGAAGAGCGGGGAGAAGCUGCCGGCGUCGCGCUACAAGAAGAGGAAGAAGGAGGGGGAGGACAGGCAGCUGACACACUCUGGCACCGACAACGCCAUGACACAGAUCAAACAGCAGCUGUCCAUGCUGCCCCUGAUGGAGCCUCUGAUCGGCGUCAACCUGGCCCACUUCGCCCCCUACGGCAGCAGCCAGCUGAACGGGGAGAGCCUGCUCUCGGGGGCCUUCGGCAGCGCCUCGCUGGACGGCGUCUCCGACUACUACUCCCAGCUGGCCUACAAGCAGAGCAACCUGAGCAACCCGCCCACACCCCCGGCGUCCCUCCCUCCGACCCCGCCUCCAGUCAACCGCCAGAAGAUGAUCAAUGGCUUCGCCACCACAGAGGAGCUGGCCAGCAAGGCCGCUGCCAUGGUGUCUAAAGGAGUAGUCCUAGUCCCCAAGCCCCUCCACGUCCAGUUCAGAGCGGAGGAGGACCUGCUGGCCCGGGCCAUCGCCCAGGGCCCCAAGACCGUGGACGUGCCCGCCUCCCUGCCCACCCCCCCUCACAACAACCAGGAGGAGCUCAGCAACAGGGGGCAGGAGCCCGGCAAAGACAGAGACACACCGGACAGCUUCGUGCCGUCGUCGUCACCAGAGAGUGUAGCAGGCGGAGAGAUCAGCCGCUACCCUGACCUGACCCGCGUUAAAGAGGAGCCCCGAUCGCCCUGCCUGUCCCCCAUCCUCUCCAUGCUCCCCCCUCCCCAUGGGAAAGGCACAGAGAUCAAGCUGAGAGACAUCAAGACGGAGCCUUCCGGAGUGUUCUUUGGCGCCCCCUAUGGGGCCAUGGGGAACGACUCCAAACAGGGCCUGGUGUCGGUGGCCAUCACUCUGCGGCCGGCAGCUGCAGAGAACAUCACAGGCGUCGUGGCGGCCAUCUCGGACCUGCUGUGCGUCAAGAUCCCCAGCAGCUACCAGGUCAGCAGCACGCCGGAGCGCGGGCCCCUGGCCAUGCUCAGCGGCCUGCGGGUGGGCCCCUACGGAGGCCUCGACACCCGGCCGCCCCCCGUCGCCUUCCAGGCGCGCAUGGACGCCGCCGCGGUCCACCAGCGGCCCCUGGGCCAGAUGAUGAUGAGGCCCAACGGGACGUCACAGGGCGUGAUGCAGCAGAGCCAGCAGCAGCAGCAGCAGCGCUUCCAGCACCACAGCCCGGGCUCGGCUGCAGUCAGAGGAGCAGACAAGAAGAUCCCCGGCAGCCCUGGCUCCAAACCCCAGUGGUGCUGCCACUGCAAGGUGGUGGUGCUGGGAAACGGAGUUCAGAAGUCCCUCAAAGACCUCCCUAACCACAAACGGGAGUCUGACGGAGAGAUGAAGUCGGAAGGAAACUUGGUCUUCUGUAGUCACAGCUGCUUCCUCCUCUUCUCCUCCUCAUCCUCCCAGCCAAGGUCAACCCCUGAAACUAAGGACACGGUAGAGCUCCUGCCGGACACGGAGGAGAAAGAGAGCCUGUCCAAGACCCAGCACCAGUACAGCAACAACAUGUCCACGCUGGACGUCCACUGCCUCGCCCAGCUGCAGCCCAAACAGUCGCCUCCCUCCAGCCCUCCGCCGCCGCCCCUCCCCUUCCUCGGCGCGGGACUCACCCCCAAGACGGAGGCCAAGUCGGACACCAUCAAGGUGACGGUGAAGCUGAAGGCGCGGCCGCGGGCCCACCACCACCACCACGAGGGCGGCUGGCACCAGGGCAAGCGGCAGAAGGGCCUGCGCUGGAGGAAGUGGACCCUGCAGGUGCUGGUGCCCCGGGGCUCGGCGCUGCCCGACGAGGACAAGAUCGACGAGCUGCUGAAGAGACUGGGCGCGUCGCUGCGGCCGCCCGCCGCCCUGCGGGACUCCCGCCGCUGCUGCUUCUGCCACCAGCCGGGCGACGGCGCCACGGACGGGCCGGGGCGGCUGCUCAACCUGGACGCCGACGCCUGGGUGCACCUCAACUGCGCGCUGUGGUCGAGCGAGGUGUACGAGACGCAGGCGGGCGCGCUCAUCAACGUGGAGCCGGCGCUGCGGCGGGGCCAGGCGUCGCGCUGCGCCUUCUGCCAGCGCACGGGCGCCACCGGCGGCUGCCACCGGCUGCGCUGCGCCAACGUCUACCACUUCCCCUGCGCGCUGCAGGCCCACUGCACCUUCUACAAGGACAAGACCAUGCUGUGCCACGCCCACCGGCCGCGCGGCGCCGCCGCCGCCGGGGGCCACGCCGCGGAGCACGAGCUGCGCUGCUUCGCCGUGUUCCGCCGCGUGUACGUGCAGCGGGACGAGGCGCGGCAGAUCGCCUCGGCGGUGCGGCGGCCCGAGCUGGGCUACACCUUCCGCGUGGGCAGCCUGGUGCUGCACGCCAUGGGCCAGCUGACGCCGCCGCAGAUGGCCGCCUUCCACUCGCCCACCGCCAUCUUCCCCGCCGGCUACGAGGCCUGCCGCAUCUACUGGAGCAUGCGCCACGGCAACCGGCGCUGCCGCUACGUGUGCUCGGUGGAGGAGCGCGAGGACCUGCCCGAGUUCUCCGUCCGCGUGGUGGAGCAGGGCCACGAGGACCUGGUCCUGACCGACGCCAGCCCCAAAGGGGUAUGGGAUAAGGUCCUGGGCCCAGUCGCCGAGCGCAGGACCGAGUCCGACACCCUCAAACUCUUCCCCGUCUACCUGAAAGGAGAGGACCUGUUUGGGCUCACCAUCUCCGCCGUCACCAAAAUCGCCGAAUCGCUGCCAGGAGUGGAAGUCUGUGAGAGGUACUCGUUCCGCUAUGGCCGAAACCCUCUGAUGGAGCUGCCGCUCAAGUUCAACCCCGCUGGCAGCGCCCGGGCCCAGCCUCGGGCCAACAAGCCCAUCACCACCCUGGUCAUCAGGCCCCAGCCACAGGCAGUGCCCGCGAGUAGCGCCCGCUCCAACCAGAACGUGGCCCAGGGAGAAGGUGGCGCCCCCCACAGCAAGCCUCCGGUAGUGCACCCUCGCUCCUCCCAGUACCGCUGGAUGAAGAACGAGUGGAGGGCCAACGUCUACCUCGGCCGCUCCCGCGUCCAGGGUCUGGGGCUGUUUGCCGCUAAGGACAUCGAGAAGCAGACCAUGAUGAUCGAGUACAACGGGACCGUGCUCCGCAACGAGGUGGCCAUCAGCAAGGAGAAGAUCUACCGGUCUCAGAAUCGAGGAGUGUUCAUGUUCCGCAUCGACAGCGAGCAUGUGGUGGACGCCACCCGGAGCGGAGGUCUGGCCAGAUACAUCAACCACUCUUGCGCUCCCAACUGCGUGGCCGAGGUGGUGACCUUCGAACGAGGCUACAAAAUCAUCAUCAGCUGUAACCGGAGGAUAGAGAAAGGGGAGGAGCUGUGCUUUGACUACCAGUUUGACGCGGCCGAGGGCCAGCCCAAGAUCGCCUGCCUGUGUGGCGCCAGCGAGUGCAGGAAGUGGAUCAACUGAAGUUGGGAGAUUGUGUUACAAAGGCGGCGGCGGAGGAGGGCGCGUUCCUUUUUGCCCCGCGCGCCCGCGUGCGUCCUAAAAACCCUCACUAAGAAAAUAGCAUCUCACCAUCUCACUAACGGCAUUAGUACGACUCUUUAGUAUUUUUCUUUUGGUUUCAUCUCCAAGUGAGCGGAAAGGCCUGAGGCGUUGUUUCAGGAGUGGCGUCCCGCGUCGGCCAAUGAGGAAAGGAGGCUUGUUAGGAAUGAGAAACAGGAGGAAGUAGCAAGACGCGACUAGUGCCAUGUCUAUCUGUAGAUAUAUACAUCUAUAUGUAUAUCUUUAUGUAUAUCUAUACAUAGAUAUGGGAGGCACUGUGGUGUCUGAGGUCCUCCGUCUGUCUCUGUAUCCAUGUGUUUUGUUUUGGUAUACAUAAGGCGCGAAAUCCACCAGCCAAUGAGAGCACUGUGCGGGGGUGCGGCCUUAUUGCUUCUCACUAUAAGGGCGGGCCCUUUUUUGUUUCAUACUGUUAAUGUAUACCCUGACUAAAUGUAGACAUCACUGAAUGAGGAAUGUACAGCAACGAAUACCACGAAGGGAAUAUUAACUUGCACUAAAAAGACAAAAAACCACACACAAAACAACAACAAAAAAACUUUAAAAAACGAAUGAAAAACAACAACACACAAAGAACUUUGAAGAUACUUGAUUCCAUGAGUCAGUUUUAUCCUAGGUUUCUGUCGUGAUCUGUGUGGAUUUAGAGAGAGGACGUUUUGUAUUUAUUAGAGUGAAUGAAUUUUAUUCAUGGGAUGAGUUAAAGAAGGCUAGACCGCUUAUUGUUUUGAAGAUUGAAGACAUGCUGUUACUUUUGUAAAAAGAAAAAGAAAAAAAAAGAAAUGUACAUAAAGAAAACUAUAGGAAUAACCGACCAAAUACUACCUUAACCUUCUCGAUGUUUGGGUGUUUUUAAAUUGUUUUUGUUUGUUGUUGAAAUUUAUUUAAGAUGGACAUUUUGAUUUCAGUUUGAGAGUAUAUAUUAUGAAUAUUCUGUACAGAAUUUGUAAAAUAACCACAAUUCACAAAGUAUUUUUGUUGUAUUAAAAGUAAGGUAUUGUAGCGUAGUGUUUUGUGACUUACACGUACUUUGACCACUCGAAAAGAAAUAUUUUUGUUGAAUAAUGUGGUAAUGAAUUAUGGAUUACAGAAUCAAGUGAACUCUUCGAUUUAGUAAGAGAUCCUUCUGAUCUGUUUGCUGUUAUUCAGGUUUGAUUUAAGGAAGAAAAAAAACUGUGAAUUAGGUUUUAACUACCCAAAAACAACUUUUAACUUUUUAACACGAAUACAGUAGGCAUAGGAACACAAUUGUGUUUUUCACCUGAUUUUGUUUGUUUCUACAUUCGGGGAGAAGAAUGAGGUGAAUCGUCUAAUGUCGCGAGUUAGACAAGAUUUUAACAGUUUAAUGUUGAACAGUGAAUAAACCCAGGGGGGGAGAUGCUAUUUGGAAGGGAAGGUGGUGCUACCUUUUUCAGAGAUGGCAUUCCCCUUAAUCAGAAAUGCUUCUUAUACUUCACAAGUCACCUGUCGCUUAGAAAUGGAAGUUUUUGCGUGCACAAUUUCAAGUCGACUGUAAAAUUUUGGAGACAGUCUUAGAACUUGUAAUGUAUAUGGCAUGUAUUUUUUUAACUUUCUCAAGACUCAAUUGUAUAUAUUUUCUCAAUGAAUGGUUGUAACAAAAUUGUUCCCUGGAUAUUUUUCUUCUCUUGUAUAUUACAUCAUCCUGCCUGUCUGUGCUACAUUUUUCUUGGUCCUGUAAAGUAGUCUGAAUUUUUUUUCUUUUUGAAAAAUGCCUUUUGAAGUGUACAGAGUAAUAUGAGGUUUGGAGUUUGUGGAAUUUAGAAACAUUUACAAAAAUAAAACUAUUUUACAUCCUA